GGGGCAAGGCUUCAAGCGCGACUGCGCGUGCGCAUCGGCGAUGCAGCCGAUUGCCUCACGGUGGAGGAGCUGAGUCUGAAGAGUGCUCUCGCAUCUUUGCGACCCUGACCGCGACCGAGCGUCACCCAUAACCCGCAGCGCCCCUGACCUUCGUCGAUCCUUUUUUUCUCUCCACUGAUCCCUCGUGGUCGACGUGAAAUCAGCAACGCCCCUCUGAGGGCAGCCCCUUUCCGGGCGAUGGACCAAACGCAGCGGCAGAUGAUGCGCGAAGCUUUGUUUGGCGUAGGGUUUAAGGAGGCCCAGAUCAGCAGCUUUGCCGACGCUACGCUUGACAAGCUCUGCGCUGCCAACUUCCACGCGUCGGGGCGCCUUCAGUCAGCCACCCGCGAGGACCUCAAGGACGCUGGCCUGGCGCCCGGGGACGUGGGCUUCAUUAUGGGCAAGGUGCAAGGCGCGGCGGCUGGCCUGGGCGUGGCGAGCGUGGCAGGGGCCGGAGGUGCUUCGCUCACGUCGCCCAUCCCGCGUAAGUCCACCAGCGCCUCGUGGUGGUGGCCCCCCUCGUGGCUCAGACCCGCGGCACCUCUGGGGUCCGGAGGGCAAGGAGCAGGCGACGAGGGCUGUCAGCAGCAACCGCAGCAGCCAUCGCCACAGCCGCAUGAGCAUGACAACACCUCAUCAGUCACAGCGCCCACCAGCGUGCCAGUCAGUGCUGCAGGCUCGCAUUCAGGAUCCGAGCAGGACACGCGGGCCACCGCCACAUCAAGCAGCUGGCCCAGCUCCUCAUCUCCCCCAUGCCAGCCGCUGUCCAGCUGUCGUCAACGCCGCUCACACCCUGCUGCUCGCCAACAGGCAUCGGCAUGACAGGGCUCGUCACAGCAGGCGCGUUCCUGAUGCUGUUCAAGGCCGUGGUCCAGGCGGUGUGCAGCAUCGAGGCGGAGCCGGGGUGCCCGGCGUGGGUGACUAGCAGCGCAGCGCUGGGCGACGCGCCGCUGUCGAAGGUCCUGCUGUACGGCGGCGUGUGGGCAUACAUGGGCGCGCACCAGCUGGCGGCGCUCGCAGCCGAGCGCAUGCAGCUGCAGGCGGGGGUCUAUUACGUGGGCAGCGUGCUGCCGGGGUGGGUGCGGUUCGUGCCGGCGUGGGUGCGGCACUUCACGGCGUGGGCCGCGGUGCAGGGCCUAGCAUUCACGGCCGCCCUUGUGAUGCACGGGGCGUCGGUGCUCGUGCACAGCCUGGUCCUGGACCUGGCCGUGCGCCUGGGCAUGUGGCUGCGUUUCCGCUGAUGGGGGGCCACCCCACGUGGCUGAUGGGCCCACUACGGUAUGUCUUCCUGCUGUGCGUUCCAUGCGCGGCGCUGUGUAGAUAGGGCAUCAAAGCUGCAGCGCAACAUGCAUGGACCCCAAUAGUAGUGGCAGUAGCAAUUGGUAAGCUAGCGCGGUGGCAGGACGCUGCAGGCACCGCAGCUGGCACGUAUUCAACGGCCGGUUCGCAGGCGCGGUACUUCACGUAAUGCACGGAUCCUUUGAUGAGAGCGCUGUAUAUCGUACACGUCAUCGUAGGUAAUGCAUAGAACGCCACGUUUUGAUUGGGGUCGGGGGCAGGGAAGGACUGCGCCCGAGUAGUGCAGUACUGCUGGGUCCCGGUGAACACUGCGCAGGGUCGGCGCCGUCCAUAGUAUGCACGGGGUGUGCGAACUGGGGAGUGGAGUGGAGAGCUGACAUCACUGGGGGACAAGCGCCUGGCAACCAUAGGGGCCCCCACUCGCUUUGCAGGCGCAUGUUAGGGACUGAGAGGCUGUGGGGGCUGAUGCGGGGUGCCUGUGUACCAUAUUACGUGUGACCGCGCCCCUGCAUUGGGUGGCGCGAGGCUGUGUCUUUGCUCACGGCCGCAGCACUAGGUAUUAAGAAGACGUAACGUGUGCGGAACAGAACACCAAGCCUUACCGUGUGUGUGUGUGUGUGUGUGUGUGUGUGUGUGUGUGUGCGCGCGCGAACUGCUGUCGUUUUGAGGGCCUACGGGACGAGGCACGUUUGUUUCUCGGAUGCGACAUUGCUCCGACGGCAGCUGUUGUUUUGACGGCGCUCGGAUGCGACCUGGCUGCCGUGCAAGCGAGCAGAGUCUCGGUGAAGCCACUCGGGCCUAGUUGCCCUCACGCCCAAGGACCCACUGCAUGGUGCACUGUCAGGCGCCUGAGAGUGACUAAGCCCAGCGGGGGACGUAGCGCCUCGUCAUCGGCUUUUGCUUACUGUGUCGGGUUUUGCGUUCGUGUAUGCGAAUAAUUUGUUAACAGGCACCCACGGCCUGACGCCGGGGUGAGUCCCAAUCAUUGCAGAUGUGUACUUUGCUUUCCCCUAUCCAACUAUGUUUGUGUUACGCGGAGGUGCACUUUGGAAGCUGAGUGUCAUGUCACCAGCAGAUGACGCGCCUACCUGACAGAAUUCGCUAGCAAGUGUAUUCUGCCUUCGCCUAUUGGUGCAUGUUUGGGUCGUGUGGCGGUGAGGUAGAAGUGUCAUCGGCCAUGACCUGCAAGACGGCGCUGACACCGGCGGAUGGAGGCAGCUUUAAGCGCUCCGGCAAGAAGCAAAGACCUGUCUUGCUUCUUGCUUUUUCAUACAGCUUCUACUUUGCAAGACCGUGCUCUUCCAUCAUUCUCUUAUCUCCAAGUAAACUAUCGGCGCAGAGCGCAACGGGCAACCCAUCAGGGUAUCUUUAACACGCCUGCCGUC